ACUGGCCUCCACAACAUGAACUCAGUUUCAGCCAUCGCUGCUUCGACCUCGUCUUCUUCAUCUUCGCUACUCAAUAUCACCAAAAUCCCCUCUUCUUCUGCAGUAGCUCCUUUUGCUCCUCGUCAUGUUUAUCCGAAUCUUCGAAGGAGAAGGAGCCAAUGGAUGAUUCUCCGAAAAAAUGCUGAGAACCAGUCGAUUACAGUUGCAUCACCAACGACGACCACCAAAAUUGAUGACGACGAUAGGGCUGUGAGUUCGGCUUCGGAUGUUGUGAGGAACUUCUAUGAAAGAAUUAACGACCAUGAUGUGGACUCUGUUGUGGACCUUAUUGCUGAGAAUUGUGUGUAUGAAGACCUUGUCUUUCCCCGACCAUUUGUGGGUCGCAAGGAAAUUCUGGAGUUCUUCCGAAAGUUCACCACUUCUACCAGCAAAGAUCUCCAGUUCGUUAUUGAUGAUUUGUCCACUGAUGAUCCCUCAUCAGUAGGGGUGAUAUGGCACUUAGAAUGGAAGGGGAAACCUUUUCCCUUUAGCAAAGGAUGCAGCUUUUAUCGUUUGGAGGUCAAUAAUGGAAAGAGACAAAUAAGAUAUGGGCGAGACAGUGUAGAACCAGCAGUUAAGCCCGGGGAUGCAGCUCUGGCAGCAAUCCGGAGUGUGACUUGGCUUUUUCAACAGUUUCCUCAGCUAGCAGACAUGUUGUGAUCAAAGUCAGAUUGGUAAACAUAUGCUUCCUCAACACAUGAAAAGAACAGAAAACGAUGUGAAGCAAGUAUGGAAAGAGUCUGUACAGGUCCGUCACGUUCCAUGUAUGUGAAAUGUAAUUACAUUAGUGUUCAUCAUGGAUGGGUUGAUCAACACGUCAAUCAAAUUUUAAUGAUAAAUUGAAUCUUCUAUAGAUCUAUUAUAUGCAAUAAUUAUAAUUUCUUAUGUCAUUCGUUCUUUUGUAAUCCCUUUAAAUAUAAAUAUACUACAUGCAAUUCUUGUUUCGACCGUAACAGACCUGCAUUCAUUCAAUACAUACUUCUAUUUAUUUUUGUUAUCAUAAAUAA